CAGUGCUGCACCGAUCCACAACAAGUGCACAUCGCAGCACCGAACGCAGACGCAUUUCCACACCCCCGUUUAUAAAACCGCGUCUAGGUCUGCGCGUGUGCGAUGACCGACCGGCUCCCGCCCAAUCUCCUCGCGCUCUUCGCGCCCCGGCCGCCGCUGCGCUGGGUGCCGCCGGUCGACCACCCGCCCGAGGAGCGCAGGACGGCCGCCAUCUCCGGCGUCGCCCAGUACCUGCCCGCGCUGGCCGCGUACGAGCACGAGUACGAGUACCACCCGACCGAGAGCUGGCUCGAGAGGCGCGACCGCAAGAAGCGCGAGAAGCAGGCCGAGGUCGAGAAGUUACUCACUGAGGGGCCGAAGAAAUACAAUCCGCACGAGGAUCCCAACAUUCGCGGCGACGCCUUCAAGACGCUCAUUGUAGCUCGUCUCGACUACAAUGCCGACGAGAAGGAUUUGGAGCGCGAGUUCGGUCGCUUUGGUCCGAUUGAGCGUAUUCGCAUCAUCCGGGACACCCAUGCGCACGAGAAGGGCAACAAAAAACAGAAACCCCACCGUGGUUACGGCUUCGUAGUGUUUGAGCGCGAGAAAGACAUGAGAGCUGCUCUGGAUGGAUGUGAUGGCAUCCGCAUCAAGGACCGCCGCAUCAAGGUUGAUGUCGAGAGGGGUAGGACCGUGAAGGGUUGGAAGCCGCGACGCUUGGGAGGCGGUCUCGGCGGCCGCGGAUACACCAAGGCGGCGAUGCCCAGACCCAUGGGUCCCGGUGGCUUCGGGGGUGGGUUCCGGGGCAGCUAUGGCGGCGGUUUCAGGGGUCGGGAUCGUGGAUUCAGAGGAGGAGGCGGUGGCUAUGGCGACCGCGGAUUCCGUUCUGGCCAAGGCGGUCCUGGCGGCCCCGGCGGCCCCGGUGGCCCUGGUGGCGGCGGGUAUGGCAGCCGUGGAAGUGAUCGCGGCUUCGGUGGCCCACCUAGCGCGCCAAGCGGGCCCGGUGGUGGUUACGGCGGUGGCUAUGGCGGUCGCGACAGUCGAAGGGACGGUCCCGGAGGCGGUGGGUAUGGCCGUGACGGCGGCUCGCGCUCAUAUGAUGACAGAUCGGGAGGAGGCUACCGCGACCGCAACCCCCGGCAGUCUGGCAGCAACUUGGAGCCAAUCCGGCCGCGCGGCGAGAAUGGUGGGUACCACGGCGGGAAUCGGGACUAUGACCGACCCCGAGACCACGACGACUCCCGGAAACGCGGCUACGAAGGCGGCUACGAGGACCCGAGAAAGCUUCGACGCUACUGACAAGACUGCAUCAUCCAUCCGUGCAUCCUUGUCUU